CUGAGCGCGAGCCGGAGCGGAGUCCCGAGCGACUUGCACGUUGGACGCACUGAAGUCCGCUUAAUCUGACCGUUUCAGGACAAAAACAACACUGUCAUCACGUGGGACUUAAACGUGCAUUGGACAGUUAUUGCGGAAGCUGCUCCUGUCAGCUGCUGGGCAUUUCCUCAUUUCCUCACCGACCACCAAGGAGCUCGUGCCCUAAAUGCCCAGCCUCAGUCACUAGCCUCAAACCCAUAGUUGGUAAACCACAGGUGAAACUGACAGACUAAUGAAAAAAAGAAAAGAAAAAACCCCUCAUGUUAAGGCAUGCCUACUAUGCGUGAGCUCUCCUGCAUCAUGCCAGAUGGGAAAUGCGCUAUAGGCACACCGGCAUCAUCUGUCUGCUGCCAUGACGACGGGCUGCUGCAGCCACUUUCCUGAGGUGUUAAUGGACCAUUCAGAUACUAUGCCUCUCAGAAGCUCUACCGGACACGAGUCUGCGCCAAUGGAGAGCUCAGACUGCUGUGAACCCGCCCUUCCAGGAAAAGCUAUGGACUCUGACACUAAUUCAGCGCAUGAGGAGGCACAGUAUUGGAGGCAGAUGGCAGUAAAGGAUGGACAACUUAUGAACAGUGCAGUGGUAGCCAAACAGAGUGUUCUAGUGGAGAGACCCAUGUGUAGGAUCUGCCAUGAUGGAGGGGGACAGGAGGAGUUGUUGUCCCCGUGUGAGUGUGCAGGGACGUUGGGAACUAUCCAUCGCAGCUGCUUGGAGCACUGGCUCUCCGCCUCCAGCACCAGCUUCUGCGAGCUCUGCCAUUUCCAGUUCAGCGUACAGCGCAAGGCACGACCUCUCCUCGAGUGGCUCCGUAACCCUGGGCUGCGUCAGGAGAAGCGCACGCUGUUCGGGGACAUGGUGUGUUUCCUGCUGAUCACACCAUUAGCCACCAUCUCGGGCUGGCUGUGUCUUCGGGGAGCUGUGGACCACCUUCACUUCUCCAGCAGACUGGAGGCUGUGGGUCUGAUCGCUCUCACUGUAGCUCUCUUCACUAUUUACCUCUUCUGGACCCUGGUGUCUCUCAGGUACCACUGCCGUCUGUAUAACGAAUGGCGUCAGACUAAUCAAAGGGUGGUUCUUCUGCUUCCCAAGUCCCACAGUGAUUCAGUGGGGAAUCCGUCAGUGACUGGCCUGCUGAGCGUAAAACGACCGUCCAAAGAAUCUAUAGUCUGACUGGUUUUUUUCUGUCUAUAUAAACUCUGAGGAUUGUCCCGAGAAGAAGGGCCAUGGACUGUGAGAAGAAACAGUGAUGCUGACAACACUGAUUCUCUUGCUGGAUUCUGAAAAGGCUACUGAGGAACUAUGGACGUGUUUCAGAGCUUUUGAAGGAAACCAGCUGCCUGUGGAUUUCGUGUUGGAAAGUUGCUAACAAUUAGUUGUGGAUGGACGUUAAAGACUAUUUAAUACAUUUCUUCUUGUUGAUUAUGUAACAGUAUGGAGAUCAUGCCUUUUUAUUUUGUUUUGUUUUUUUGACUUUAUACCGAUCAGGCAUAACAUUACGUGAAGUGAACAAGUCUGGGUAUCUCCUCAUCAUGGCACCUGUUAGUGGGUGGGAUAUAUUAGGCAGCAAGUCAACAUUUUGUCCUCAAAGUUGAUGUUAGAAGCAGGAAAAAUGGACAAGUGUAAGGAUUUGAGUGAGUUUCACGAAGGGCCAAAUUGUGAUGGCUAGACCACUGGAUCAGAGCAUCUCCAAAACUGCAGCUCUUGUGGGGUGUUCCCGGUCUGCAGUGGUCAGUAUCUAUCAAAAGUACCCUUUAAGUCCUGUAUGUUGCGGGGUGGGGCCUCUAUCUAGGAUGUGCUGCUAACAUCUUGGUGCCAGAUACCACAGCACACCUUCAGGGAUCUAGUGUCUAGAGUCCAUGCCUCGACAGGUCAGGGCUGUUUUGGCAGCAAAAAAAAGGGACUGACACAAAAUUAGGCACAUGGUCAUAAAGUUAUGUCUGAUCAUUGUAUAUAUAUAUAUAUAUAUAUAUAUCCUGUCUGAUGAAUCUGUUAAGAAAAUUUAUGUGAGCCCACUUUCUGUUAUUUUUUUAGACCUUUAUUUGUUUCUCUCUCAAAAGACGUUUUUGAAAUUUGUAAAUGUCAUAUUUUUAGGUAAGGUUAACCUAGUAAUGGAAUCUGCAAUAUAAAUGCUUUUUCUGCUUUUUCCGUUGUAAAAUCACGGGUUAUUAUUUGUGUUAAAGUACCUCAAGCUCAGUAAAAGAGAAAUAUUCUGUCAGGCAACACUUUUAAUUAACCUUAAAGAAUGUUUUAAAAGAAAAAUAUUUGUCACUUAAUAACAUCAUAGUUUAGAUUCAAGAAAUAAAAAUCCUUAAUUAACUUUAAUUAAACGUGACAAAAAACUAUUUUUUCCCCAGAUGUGUAUGGAUGGGUCACAUAAUGAUUAGCAACAUUAACAGCUCAUGGACCAUGCUAGUGCAUAAAAGACCACAUGUCUGUACAUAAAAUGCUAAAAUUAUAUCUAGAUGCAGUUUUUCUUCUCACAGUCACUAACAGAGAAAGGAAACUGAGGAAGAACUGAGUAAUAAAAAUCACUUCAGUUUCUUUGAGAGAGUGAAUUCGGAGGCUAAGCAUGUUGCUAAUUCGGAGGCUAACUGACAUCACUGACUGUUAUAAGACUGUCUGAGUCAAACUGGCCUAAAAAAUAGCAGAUGAAUCAUUUUUUUUCUGACAUUAGAUGACCAACACAGUACUUUCCUGAGCAGUUUACCACAGAAGAUUAAAAGCUAACACUUUUGGAUGCUGUUUGUAACAAUCUAUCAAUAAAUAAGGGUCAUGUGCCUUUUCUGUGCU